GUCAAGAAGCAGUAAGCAGUCGGUCGGAAAAACAAUCGAGUCAAGAGCCUGAAGGCGUCACGUUAAGGCAUUCUGUCAUGAAAGUUUAAGACUUUCUCCAAUAAAUUUUGGGUUUUUUAUUUCUUCGUUUUAGUUGUAUCACAAUUAACGUCCUGAGCCAUGAUUUUCUGAGUUUAAUUAAGCCAUGUUGACGGCUGUUGUUUUGCGAUUCUUACGUUCCAAACUCUUCCUGACAGCCAUCUUUUUUGCCUCUUUCACUUAUUUCGUGGUUAAUUUCUACAGCGACAAUUCUAAUGUGUUACUAUCUAAUGAAGAAGUUGACAUUCAUGAUGUUGGAUCUGGGAGGCGUCCUCUAGGACACAUUUUUCAGUGGCAAGGCUCCGAAGAUAAUAAUGAAACCAGCUCCAAACCUUCAUCAUGUAGAAACUCUGUUCAAGGAAAAGCUUUGAUUGCUGAUGAUAAAGGGUAUGUAUGUAGCCGACAAAAUGUAAUGCCAAAUGGUUGCUGUAAGGCAGAAACUGAUGGAACAAAACACUAUUCUUGUGAAACCUGUCACAACAAUGGCUGUUGUUCCAUUUAUGAAUAUUGCAUCUCAUGUUGCCUUCAGCCAGAUAAGAAAGAAGUUCUGCAAGACGUUCUAGGCAAAGCUGCUGGCACCUUAAAUCUUCUCUUGACUUCAGUGACUGAUCACUUUGAGCUAUGCCUCACCAAAUGUCGCACCUCAUCUCAAAGCGUGCAGCACGAAAAUUCCUAUCGUAACCCUCGAGCUAAACAUUGUUACGGUGAAGCACCUCCCCCGUUGGAAACGGAAGGAACUGUGGAUAAAAACAACAAUGAACACUUCCUUCAUUGAACUACGAUCUUAUAAUAUCGAAGGAAAGUGCAAGAAUGCACUUUUUACAAAAUAUUGCCGAUUCUCAAGUGACCAACGCGAAUGCUAUUAUUUGUAUUUUUACCAAAAAAAAAGUGUACAGUUUGUUUCUAGUCUAAUCUAAAAUUGGACUAAUUAGUUCAUUGGUGGUGAAGUGUAUGGUAUCACAAGAUUGAUAAACAAGCCUACAUUGCUAUGUUUAACAUAUUCAUUGUUUUAGUAUGAAUAUAUUGUGGUGAUCUUAUGCUCUAACAUCCCAACAAAAGAUUCUAUUACGACGCGUGCACCUAAUGUUUUCGUUCUCAGUUUUUCGGAACCAGUGAGAUUUUAGCUUUCGUUUGUUUGAUUUUAAAAAAAAUGCUGUUAUUAUGACAUGAUAUAUAUUCUUGCAAUUAUACUGGGCACAUGAAA